GUAUAUAUCGAAACAACCAUUCACACCCACUAACAAUUUAGAGUCGACAAUGAACAUUAUGUGCGUGUUUUUGGAAUCGAGUAAAAUAAGCAGGUUUUUGAACACGUCACUAUUUUUCGCUGUAAGUGUAUUUCUAAAGAUGUUAUUGACAUGAAAAAUUCACCAGGUGUUUGUAGCAACUAUUGUAACCCACACAUCCAACUACAUCAAACCAUAGCUGUCCAUAAAGUUAUGUGUAAUAAUGUGAAAUAAAAUGGAGAAAACAGCUUUGUAACUACUGAUUUACUUCAGCUGGUGUUUUGGUUUUGCAUGCCUUUUUUCACCUUUCUUCCAUGUGUUCAAAACUUUCCUUAUGUGUAAUAAUUAUGUGUAUAUAUACAAGUUAAUUUAUAGACAUCUAUCGUUUUAUGUCAGUGCAUGUGUGGAUUGUAAUAGCCAGCAUCUGAUGAAAAUUUGCUGUAUAUACUGUGUAUAAACAAACAAGCUUGUAUAAACAAUAAUGCAGUAUGUACAAACAUAUUUGUACACAUAUACCACAUACAGUAUGUAUAGACACAUAAUAAAUACUUGUACUAUAAACAUAUAUAACAUAUGUAUAAACAUAUCACAUAUUUACUGUAUAUAUACAUGUAUAACAUGCACUAGCGCAGUGUAAAAGCCAUCCAGCCAACAGACUGAAAUGAUCAGCUCAGCCCCCCAAAAACUUUAUUCAUCCUUCCUUGCGGCUGCGACGUCACGCCUCCCUAAAACCCCCCACCCCCGUUCUCCAGUGUGCUUUUAGGAGUGGAGGAGUGCGGGUCGUCAUGUUGGACACGCUCAUCUUCCUCCUGGAGAAGUUCUUCUUCUUUUUCUUCUCCUUUUUGUCUUCUUCUCCGUGUUCUCGUUACGUCGGCCACGCGCCGCCUCCUCCUCCUCAUGCCGCAGUCCUCAGGCGUGGAGACUUGUUGGAGGUCCCACGCACGCUCUUCACGCACUUCGGCAUCUACUUGGGCAACAACCGCGUGGCGCACCUCAUCCCGGACAUCCUCCCCGCCGUCACGUCGGACGCGCGUCUGCUCCGCCGCAAGGUGACCAACACGCGCCUGCUACUCGGCGUGCUCGCUAAGCGCGCGAGCGUCCGCGUGGACUCCGUGGAAGACUUCGCCUACGGCGCGCGCGUUCUACUCAACACCAUGGACCGCGCCGUGAACCGCCGCGUGCUGCCUGGCGAAGAGGCGGCGCGGCGGGCGGAGUGCCUGCUGGGCAGCGCCCCCUACAGCCUGCUGUGGAACAACUGCGAGCACUUCGUUACGUGGUGCCGCUACGGUGCAGCAAGCAGCCUUCAAACGGAGCAGUUCUGCCAGUGGUUGACGUUGCUGAUCCGAGACCAGAGGAACGUGGCCCUGGCGGCACUGCUGGGCCUCCUCUCCCUUGCAUAUUUGGGCGUUUCCUCCGGCACCACCCUGCCAGCCAUCAUCAUCCCGUUCACGCUUUGGAUGGCCAGCUAGAAGGCCUGGAAGCAGCAGACUGAAAUGGCCUGGUCCACAGGAAGUCACCCCCUGCUUGUAAAUGGCAGAUGUUGUCCUCCAUAGCACACAUAGCUCAUGUAUUGUCGUUCCCAGAAGUGAGUCCAUGGUCACAACAUCGUCUCCUUGCCAUCGCCGCUGGUGUUUUGAUAUGCUGGUGUUUCAUGAGGGCGGAGAAGCCGGGCAACACUGUGAACACAGCUUUUCCAUGGCACUUUCUGUUGGAUUUGGACCAUUGGACUCUCUGGGGUGGUGUGCUGUAGGUUUGAUCGACGAGGAGACAAAGCUGUUGAAAUGAGACAGAUAUGACCAAUAAUAAGCAGAGACAUUCACUUCCUGAUCCUGAGUUCUGUAAAAUGGGUUAUGACAAUUACACAAGCUUUAACGAUGACGUCACGGUUUAGAUAU